CUUGAAUAUAAAUAGGCUGAUCAGAAUACAUAUUAUUUUGUAAUUCAUUUUGAGAUAUCGACGAGUUACAUAAAAUACAAGAAAUCCCAAAAUUUCUGCAACCAUCUAUGUUUUGUCAUUUUUAAUUUGUGUUUGACGGAGCAACCUUUUAUUAUUUUUGUAUGUUGUAGUGUUUGUGCAACCAUGUUUGCUUCCGCAGUUUUCUGUUUUGUCUGUUCGACGCUGAUUCAUUCCAUCGAUGGUGUGCCUUGCUAUGAUUGGGGAGAUGAAGUUACGGCUUGCUCCAGAAUGAAGCCCAAAAUAUAUGACGAGAUGACUGAAAUCGCCGACAAAGAAUAUUUCCGUGUUGUACCGAAUUCCAACACUUUUUAUCCGGGAGGAACAUUAUAUAUCCGCGUGUAUGGGAAAAGUCAAUUUUAUAACGGAGUCAUAAUGUCGGUUGUUCAUACUUCGGGCGAUGGAAAAACUCAAGGUGUUUGGAGAGAAUCGCACCAAACUAAAUAUAGAACAUUUGGUUGCGACGGAAUGCCUAAUUCGGGAAUCGCGGAAGCAAACGACACCAAGCACGUAAUGCCGAUAGAAGCAGAUGUGUUGGUCUGGGAAGCUCCAGCCUCGUGUGAUUUCGACAAGCCUUUCUACGAUUUGAUGGCUACUGUCGUCAAAUCUCACACGGAAAUUUUAACUGGUUUAUCAGUGGGUCUUGAAUGCGUUCCAAGACCGACGACUGAACUCGAUCUUUCCUGUGGAUCCGCGUUUGCGCAAGAUUAUACUUUGAUGACAUCGAUGAACACAUCAUUUGAAACUGAUUUCGGUGGAUGGUGGAAUGAUCCGAGCGCCGCAUUGAGAUGGACGCGCCACAAGGGCUCGACUCCAUCACCGAAAACAGGACCUUCGGCUGCACAUGAUGGAGAAUACUAUGUGUUUGCUGAAGCGAGUUUUCCAGCGGAAAAUGGAGAAGUAGCUAUUCUGAAUAGCCCCCCUGGAUUACGCGGAUGCUUUUGCAUAAGAAUAAAAUGUCAUAUGUGGAGCGGUCCAGGAGCUUACUUUGAAGUUCGUGUCAAUGGUAAAGAGACAUGGAGGCACAUUCCGUCCGAAGAUGCAUGGCUCAAUGGAUCACAGACUGUGAACGACUCCGACUAUCCUCAGGUGCAGUUUAUUAUGCACCGCGGAACCGACUUCCGUGGUGACAUUGCAGUCGACACAAUUACCAUCACUCCAGGAGUCUGCUAGGAAGAUAUGGAUAUGAAAAAUAGCUGAUUCCAAAACUACCAUGCAUUUUUAGAAUUUGGAAUUUCAUUCGAGAUAGAGUUACUUUAAUUAAACAUUAACUUGUUAAAUACCAAUUAAAAUUUUCUGUAAAACAGCUU